CACGUAAACAAACAUGGCGACAAUGUUAAGAAACUGUGUUUUGACUGUUUGCAAUUUGCCGAAUAAUAUAAAUAUAUUGGGAUGUGGCCUUCAACAGGUACGAAACUUCGUCGGCUGCAGAACGAUACGUGAUAUCAAGCGUAGAAAAUUGGCGGAGAAACACGCCGAAGAACGAUUACGUCUCGUUGCUCUGAAACGAAACAAUAUCUUGCCGAUUGAAAUAAGAGACCUUGCUCAGCAGCAAAUAGAUGAAACAAUUCCCAGACAAACCGCUCUGAGACAAUUGACGCCGAGGUGUGUGGUGACUUCUCGAGGUCGUGGUAAUUUGGUACGAUGGAGAAUAUCUCGAUUUAUUUUCCGUCAUUUAAUUGAUUACAAUAAAAUGGCUGGGAUGCAACGUGCCAUGUGGUAAGAUGCAGAUCGCAAGGAAGAACAAUGCACUAGUUGUACACAAGUAUCAACAGAGUAUAAAUAAAUUGCAAAAGCACACGUGUAAAUAAAAUUAUAGAAAAUAAAAAAGC